AGGCUUUUUGAAGCGACACAGGAUUAUUUUUUUUAUAAUUAACGCGAAAAUACUUGUUGUAAAAUGAUUGAAAGAUUUAAUGCCAUAUUUACACUGUUUAUACUAUACUGUUUAAAGUUGUUUUUGUAAACUAUUCGAAAUAGAACUCUACAAUAAUCAUAAUGUUCAGUUAUUAUUCGCUCAACCCAAAUCAUCACCUGCUAUUUAUGCAAAGAAAUAUAAUAAGAAUUUAAAAAUCUCAGAGUGUAAGAAUCAAGAAUUCGGCUUAACUGUAUUCGCAUGUAAAAGAAACCAGUGGCGCAACAACCUUUUAAGGUCUGGGCCAGAUUUCUGUUGGCAUCUGUGUCGCAUUUGUUUUUUUAAAAGGCAAGUAGAUGAUCAGUCUUCCGUGCCUGAACGCCCUCGACGUUAUGGGUCUCCGGCAUGCCGGUUUCCUCAAGAUGUUUUCCUUCACCAUAAGAGUUAAGUUUGAACCUACGACCUCGGUGAUGAGGGGGAUUGCAUAUAAGCUAGUCAAAAUAUGCAGCAUUAAGUUGAUAGGUGCGUACCAUGCCCCGCUGCGGAUCCUUGCGCGCCCUCUGCCGGUAUAAAAUCAGGCUUGCGGGACGGGAGACCCAUAGAUGGAAAGCAGGAGCAGCCCUGUCCCUGCAGGACCUGCUGCUGUGGAAAACCACCUAUGGUGAAGCCAUGCUACAAACAACCGAAAAUACCUGACUCCUAUGCACCCCGGCGAUGUUACAUGAAGCCGUCUGCGCGAAUCGAGUCGUGUACAACCUACAACAUGUCGUAUCUACCUGUUGACGGUUGUAAGAAUCUUCGGGGCGAAGCGCGAAAGCCUACGCCUAAUUUGGUGCCCAGCUGUGAGCCAAUGGAGUCUUGCACAGUCCAAAAGUUAUCCUUUCUGCCAAAUCCAGUGUGCGUGACGCAAGCAAUUCGUCCUUGUCACCAUGACAUGUGGGGACAGGGGCCGAUGCAGAACCUCACCACUCAGAGACAUGACUAUGUCGCUAAGCCCUGCGUACUUCGCGAGAGUUUCAAGCCGGAAGCGAAAUUCCACGCUGUCGAUACACCUUUUGAAAACCGCACAGUAAACAAGCUAUCGUAUCUGCCUCCGGAUAAGAUGGAGCCGGUAAAAUCGUAUGCGCCAGAGCGGUGUUAUGAAAAACCAGCCGCCAAAAUGGACUCUAGCACGACGCAUAAACUAAGCUAUAUGCCUAACCAAUUGCUGCCGAAAGAACCUUUACCAUGGGCUUGUAAGGGACAGUAUCAGAAACCUUGCCAGAAGCUUGAAGAUAACACCACCUACACUAUGAGUUUUUUAAACCCAGCUGCUGACUGCCGUCGUUGUCCAAUAUUACCUAAUAUCGGUAAUAAUCCAGUGACCGCGUCGAAACGCUUUGAAACACAAACUAUUUACAAGAACAGUUAUCUCCCCGCCACAGCACCAAUACCACAGCCUGUAAAACCUGUACCAAAUAUCAUGCCUUCAACGGCUGCGAUGGAAGGCGACACUGUUCAAAAACUAUCAUUUCUACCAAACCCGGUGUGUAUAACGCAAGCAAUCCGCCCUUGCCACCACGAUAUGUGGGGACAGGGACCGAUGCAGAACCUCACGACUCAGAGACACGACUUUGUACCGAAGACUGCGCCAAUGAGAGAGUCGUUCAAACCAACAGCCAAGUUUCAUGCAGUGGAGCAACCGUUUGAAAAUCGCACAGUUAACCGCAUGUCAUUCUUGGACCCCGGAAAAGUACCUCGACCAGAGUCGUAUGCUCCUAACCGAUGCUAUGAGAAACCUAGCGCCAAAAUGGACAGUGACACAACACAAAAGAUGUCCUACCAGCCUGUGUGUGUUCCAGCACCACAGCGGCCACCCUGGGCUUGCAAAGGACAGUAUCAAAAACCGUGUCAAAAGUUGGAAGGAACAACAAUUUACCGUUCAUCGUUCCUCCCGCCCGGUGAAGAUUGCACCGAGUACAUUGAUCCGUGUUCGUAUGGAGAUUGUAGACCUUGUGACUGCAUGUGCCCCGCGGAAUGCAUUGCGACAGACCCAUGCGCGUGCACAUUCCCAAAAGCCGAAUGCUGUAGGUAACAGCCAUUUAGUAAUUCUAUUAAGGUCUAAAUUCAAGUGAAGUGACGUCAUCGUUUUUAUACCAUUUUGACGUUAUUUUGGUAUUUGUUAAUUAUUAAAUUUUUAACGAUUUAUGAUAUUUAAUACUGUUUUUAUCUUUGUUAUGUAGAGUUAGUUAUUCUUGUUGAAUAAAAUUUUAAUGUUA